GCAUCUGUGCUUCCAGCUUCAUUGGUGUGGAAAGUAAGAUGGCGGACCGGCGGCGGCGGAGGAGGCGCGCGUCCCAGGACAGCGAUGACGAUGACGACGACGAGUCCGGUUCCUCUUCGGGCUCGGAGAUCCGCGAAUCAGGCUCCCAGACGAGCAAGGGCCGCGGCGGCAGAGAGCCUGAACCGGCAGAGGUCGCUUCGGAGCGGAUCGAGGCCAAGGAGGAAGUGGCGUCCGAGUGUGAGAGCGAAGAUGGAGCUGGAGAAGCUGUCCUCUCGGACUACGACAGCGCCGAUCCGGAAGAAAACGCCUCCCACUCGGAGGGAGGAGAGGAGGAGGAGGGCGCGGAUGGAUUCAGCGAUAAAGAAGCUCCGGCAGCGGCCAGCCAGUCCAAACUUUCCGCUCCGGCCCAACCGGCGCCAGCAGAGGCCAAUGAAGACAGGGAAGAGCGGAGUAAAGUGGAGAAGGAGUCAGAGGAAAAAGGAAAGUCGGCAGGAGAGCGGCAGAGCGGCGACGGUCAGGAGUCCACCGAGGACCCUGAAACCAAAGCGGGAGGGCAGUCCGGGCAGCAGCUGGACGACGACGAGGACCGCAAAAACCCGGCUUACAUCCCUCGUAAGGGUCUCUUCUUCGAGCACGACGUCAGAGGCCACGCCCAGGAGGAGGAAAGGCCCAAAGGCAGAAACAGGAAGCUGUGGAAGGAUGAAGGGCGCUGGGAGCACGACAAGUUCCGCGAGGAGGAGCAAGCGCCCAAGAGCCGUGAGGAGCUCAUCGCCAGCUACGGUUACGACAUCCGGAACGGCGAGCGCACUUUUGUCCAUCGCCGGCCUCGGUCGUCUGUGUCCCCCAACAGGGAGCCGUGGUGGCGGGACGGGGGGGAGCGAGCGGUGCGCUCUUGGCAGAGCGGUCGAGGAGGAAGAGGAGGAGGGAGUCUUGCCCGAGGCGGUCCUCCCCAUCGUGCUGUCCCACUUGUGGCCAGCCAGCGUGGUAACACCACCCGCGGCCGACCACCCCACCUCCCGGCGCAGCCCCAGUACGGGGGGAGCGACUCGCACGCGCCUCUGCUUCAUCCGCGAGAAAGAGUAGGUCCUAAAGCCCCGCCCGUGCCGGCGGCGGCCGGCAGGGGAAGCCGUAGGGCCGCGGAGGACCCGCCAGUCAGCAAAGAUGGCGAAGACGACCGCCCGCUGAGUACCGGAACCCAGGUGGCAUAUCGGAGCACGUCGCCUACGCAACAGCUGCAGGAAAAACGAGGGGGUGCCGCUCAACCCCCCCAUGCGUCCGUGGCCUCCCAGGAAGCCUCUCCUCCCGCCGAACGGCCCGUUGAGCGAAAGUCGUACUCGCUGGCCCGCAGGAGUCGCUCCCGGCCGGCCGAGCUGGGCGGCAAACAGACGUCCGUGGAGGAGGUAGCGGUGGCGGAAGUGAAGAACCCGGUGGGGGGCGGAGGCAUGGCCGAGCUGGACCAGGACGUGGCCCGACUGAGUCUGGUGUCUGGACAGAGCUGGAACCAGAACCCUGCUUCCUACGUACACUCUGAGAUCAGAAGCUUGAGAGGCGGCUUGCCCAUCCCGUCCGGUCGGCCUCCGUUCUCAGGUUUGGACGAGAUGUCAGGCGGCUCCAACCGCGCCAAGCGUUACUCCUCCCAGCGGCAAAGAGGUGUGGCCGAGGCGGCCCCCCUGCACAUCGGCGUCAUGGAGGGACACUACUACGAACCCAUGACGUACCAGGGACCAAUUUUCACGCAUGGCGAAGCCUCGGCCCCCGUCGCACCCCAAGGCAUACUGGUCCAACCCGAGAUGCACAUCCCCCAUCCUGGACUACAUCCCCACCAGUCGGGAGGCCCCAUAGCAAACCCCGCCCUCUACGGAGGGCCGCCUGUAUCUCUGCCACCAGGGCAACCGCAACAACUUUUGCCGCCGCCUUUCUAUCCUCCGCCAGGGGUCAUGACCUUCCCUUACCCAGCCAUGUACCCGAGCCCUCAGGGUCAAUCCCAGGUGACGUACGGGGGCGUGACCUAUUACGACACGAUGCAACAGCAGGCUCAGCCCAAACCUUCGCCGCCCCGCCGCACGUCCCAACCCGUUACUGUCAAGCCCCCUCCUCCCGAAGUGCCCUUUGCAUUGGAGUGACUCCGGUCCUCAGAACUGUUCCGGCGUGGAGCUUCUGACGAACACGGACUGACGCACAGGCCGCGUCUGUCUGGAGGAGCGGGUCACGUGACUCUGUGCUGGAUUCCUUCUUCCAGCUUGGCGUGCGUGUCUGAACGACAGUGGCGCGCUAGCCAAAAUGUGUGCGGUGGCGGCGGCGGCGGCAGCGUGCCUUCCUGUGAGGUCACAUGACCGUGUCCACCAAAUGGCUGCACGCCCGCUAUCUUUCCUCCCGCUCAGCCCACCCGCGACGUUCAGGGCAACUAAAGUACGGACAAAACACUUUGAUGAUUCUGGUCCACUUGAGUUUGUGGCUAUGAGAAAAAGCCAGGAUCAGAAAUGUAGUCUUUUGUUUAUGCUUGUUGGUCACAGGAAAGAUCUAAAAGGAGUACACUUUGGUUUAGAGCAGUUGCCACUGUAGUUAUGUGUUCGUUUUUUAAUUCCCUUCCUGGGAUAUUUUUCUAUGUUUGUUGUAUUUUGCGUUGAAGCAGUGAGAUGUGACUCCCAAAAAAACUUUUCAACUUGCUGUCCUCAUUUCUGCGACCAAUCUGUCAUCGGUAGCUUGAAGCUAAUAAAACUUAAAGUUAACCUUCAA